AUGGCUUCAGAACAGACACGCAGAUCGGGGCCAAUGGCGCAGGAGGAGGUGGAGUCCUACAUGAAGAAGGAAGAUCUAACACAGAAGCAUGCUGAUCCCCAAGCGUACGAGCAAGAGCAGACUAUGGCGCAGAAAGGACAGGAGGUCACGGCAGCGCGAGGCAGGGAAGAACUUCCAGCAUCGCACGAAGACGCGCUGAAGCGAGGUGAAGAAGCACUCUCGAGCACCGAGGGUUCCGCCUCGGGCGGCGGUUUUCUCGCGCCGCUCAAGAACCUCGCGUCGCGGUUCAUGGGCCACGCGGCUCCAGAAACCGAGGGAGCUUUCCAGACUGGAUUGGACAUUCCGAUUAACACACAGGAUGUACCCGCGGCCACGCAGGGUGAGCCCGCCGCUGGUGACGUGUCGAUUGGCAGUCAAGCUGCACGUGGCGGCCACGUGGACAAGGCGGAGCGCGAAUCGUCGAUCGGAUUGGGUCGAGAGGAGGCCGUUGGGGAGUCGUCGCAGCAGGAGAGGGAGCGAAGUGCAAAGAUCGCGAAGGAGAGUGCUAAGGAGGAAGCUCGUAAGGCGACUGAAGAGGCAAAGGAGCAUGCUGCGAGCGGAUGGGACGCCGCCAAACGCGGCGUUGCGGAGACUUCGGAGUCGAUCAAGCAGUCGGCGAGGGAAGCUUCCGAGAAGUUUAAGCAACCAGCGGCGCGCGAGUCGAGUGAAGAUGUGAGCCGGAAAGCCGGUGAGACUGCUGCUACGUCAGAGCGCGUUGCGCGAGAGGAGCCGCGGAAGGCGGCGGAAGGUGCAGCGGUGGCGGAGAGGAAAGCGGAGGAUACGCGUGCAGGUGUGGCGGCGGGGAUCGAGGAGUCGAAGGGGAAGGCGGUACAGGCGCGAGAGGAGGCGGAAAAGCAGGCGGAGGAAGGCGCGCAGGGAGUGAAGCAGAUUGCGCAGGAGGCGCAGGCGGAGGGAGAGAAGGCGCAAGGAUCGUUUGAGUCGAUGGCGGAGCGCGCGCGGGGGGUGAUGGAGCGCACGCUGGAAGGCAUUCAGGAGACCCUCGAGGCUGCGCGCGAGCGGGAAACGGCUCAGCAGGCGGGCGAGACGGCGAGGGAGGCGGGGCGGGAGGCGUAUGAGAGGGGGAGGGGGUUCGCGGCGGAGACCAAGGACACGGCGGUGCGCAGCAGUAUCUGGUGUUCAGCGCAGCAGUAUCUGGUGUUUACGUACCUGCAGGAAAAUCUCGAGGCGGCGGGCUCCGUGACGGCGAGAGGGCUGGGCAAGGUGGCCGGCACGGUGGAAGGAGCGGCAGAGGCGGUUGGCGAGAGUGCCAAGGAAGGUGUCUCCGCGGCGGCGGAGCGCACGGCGGAGGGCAUUGAGUCCGCGCAGGAGGGCGCGCGUGGCGCGUACGACCGUACAGCGGAGAACGUAUCCGCGUCCGCCGCUGGCGCGCGCGAUCGCACGGCGGAAACCAUCGAGUCCGCGCAGGAGGGCAUUGCGUCCGCGGAGGAGGGCGCGAAGGACGCGUACGACCGCACGGCGGAAAACAUCUCCGCCUCCGCCGCUGGCGCGCGCGACACUGGCGCAGCCGCGACGGGCACCGUCGCGGGCGCAGUUGGGCAGAUCGUGCACUCGUUUGCGGAGAUGCUAGGCGUUGUGGGGAAAUACGAAGUGGCGGAAGCGCCACCAGCGGAGGUCCCACCGGCGGAAGCGCCAGCGCUGCAGCGCCCGCUUGCUGCGGACGUGAAGGGUGGCGGAGAGCGUUCCGCCGCCCAUGAGCCCGACCGCGCGCCUGCCAGCCUCUCCGCGCGCACAUCCGCGGAAGGAGGCGACCAGCAGGAGGGGGGAGGCAGGGCAGGCGGCGGAGGGGAAGCGGGGGAAGCGGAAAGGCACGCGGGGAGGGCAAGCUUGGGGGAAGAGAAGGGGGGGAUGGCGCCGGGACUGGGCGGGGUGGUGCGGUAUCAUCCUGAGCCCAGUGCUGAUCUCGGAGGGUCUGGUUUGAGCGCCAUGUUUGCUGCUGGGAGCAAGGCGGAUGUUCCGCAGAACUACCCCCACACCAGCCAGGAGAAGGGCGGAAAAUCUUCUGCAAGGAGUGCUGCUGGUGCUGUUGCUGAGAGUGGUAUUACCAGUGCUGGUGGUAGUCCCCAGGAAUCUGGCAGUGGGCAUGGGGGGGGAGAUGGGACGGCGGCCACUGAGACAGCAGCAGGCAGGUCCGCAGUGAAAUCCCCUUCAUCAGACGAGCGCGGCGUGUUUGGCGGUGGAGCCGUGCCUGGUGCUAAAAGCGUCCCCUGGGACCAGGCAAAGGUGAGACGGCACAGUGUGAAGCAUGCUGGGGUGUUGGAGUCAGUUGCGACUGCUGCUGAGCAUGUGAAGGAUUCGAUGCUGGGGAGGAGGAAUUUGGGAGGAGGGGAGGGGGAUGUGGAGAGCGCCAAGAUGGCUGAUCCUGAGCUGGGGAGGCUGGUGAAGGAAGCAAAGCAGAAAGAGCAGUAG